GUUAGGCACGUGCUGCAAUACACCACAGAAAAGAGGGUAGCCUUUAACCUCUUCCUGUUUGCUCACAGUUUACAGUUAAAUAUUUAACAGUGCUUAGUAAUUUGGGAGCUGACAGCAAGCUGCCAGGGAGCCUGCCCACACCGGGAGACUCGCAGCACUGAGAGUCUGACAAAGCAGCCUCCCGGAAUAGGGGGAAACACAGAAAAUUGAGAUAAAAUUGUCUGGAUUUUUUUUUACCUUAAUGUACGUCUGCUGCAGAACAGUUGGAUUCUUGUUUUACCCAGAAGCUGGAUCUUGCCGCUUUCUCGCUUUAUCUCUCUUUCUUUCUUUGUCAAACCUGACAAUAGCUUGAAAAUAGCACAGAGCAUCCACUGACUUUCGCAGAGGUUAUCUCACAGUCGUCAUUUGCAGAUUCCGAACUGAUCUAAUGGGCUGGAGCCCUGUUCUUUAAGGUAUUGCAGUCACGGGGAGAGGUGAGUGGAGGUGAGGAGAUGAAUAGGCCCCUCUGCAGAAACUGGUGGAUCGGGUGUUCUGCGUGUUUGAAAAGUGAAUGAAGGAGAGAGAGAGGGCACCAGAGAAUUAGCAAGAUGCAGCCCACUGAGGGCAUUUGCUGCACUGUGUGUCUGGAAGACUAUAGCCUGGAGACUGAGAGACGGCCUCGCAUUCUGCCCCAGUGUUUGCACAUGUUCUGUGAGAGCUGCCUUGAGAAAUUGGUGGAGUUCAGUAACUUCUGUGUUGUUUGCCCCAUAUGCAGAGCGGCCAAUGAUGUGGCAGAUGCUGGCGGGGUACAAAGCCUGCCCAUCAGUACCAGGGUCUCCCUGCCACCCCAGACCAGCCCGCACUGUCAGGACUUGAGCAUCUUAAGGUUUAUGGAUCCCGACGCUCCUUCCUGCCCAGCUUGUGGCAGCCUCACCCUCUACGCCCCCCUCGGACAAGAUGAGACAGUCACUCAGUGCCAUACUUGUGGCUGGCUAGGCACUGACAAAGCUGAGAUGCAGAGCAACUUAAUCCAAGAACGGGACAGCCUACCCGAGCUAAACCAGGACAAUACGAGGCCAACUGUGCAGAGACCCUCCCUGAUCGCAGGGCUAUGUGAACUCUUGAGGAGCAUGAUUUUCGGAGAGUGAUGGUGUAUCCCAUGGAUGAACCAAAUGCUGCCCACCAUUUACUGAAUGAUGGGAGGGUCUGCAUUGAUGGGCGUGGUAUUCUAAUAGUAAACCUGUUGGACCUUCCUCAAGAUGACUGGAUUUCUCCUACUUGUGUAGGCAGAAUCGGAGACCUUUUUGCUGCUAUUUGCCCAAAUAUUCCUGCCCUUUGAGCACAGCUCAGAAUGUUAGAUUUGGAAGAAAAAUUGUCAUUCAUGAGCCCUUGGAAAUGCACACUUAAAACAAUUUAUGCUUAUUUGCUAAGAAUAUGUAGAAAUCUCCUUCCUCAUCAUGCUCCAAUCUUCCUCUUUCUCACUGGUCUAUGGAUGGAGUAUCCUUAUGAGGCUAACCUAUCAUCCCCCAGCCCUAAAUGGACCCCCUCAAUCUGAAAGCUAAAUCCAGCCAUGUAGGGCAGACAGAAGGCUCCUUCUGAAAAGGAGAGAACAGGAUGGGAAAGCCAAAUCUAGAUUAAUUUAAAAUCAAAUUGCCAUGCUACAAUAUUUAAUUCACCAUUAUCUCUAUGGGCCACUGACAGUGUAACUUUACAUGUUGUUUGUUCAGCACAGUAAAGGUCACUUAGUGUAACUUACAGCAACACUCUGUACAAGUGACCAGUUCCAUAUAGCAUAACUCAAAGCUAUUCCACCUUCUCAACACAAAAACAGAAUUACCUGGAAAA